AAGGCAGCUGACGCAGAGGGCAGACCCGCUCGCUAGCAUGCGGCGGUGGGGUGUGUGUGUGGUGUUGGUGUGGGCAAGCGCUUGCCUGCUGCCGGAUAGAGUUCGGCGAGGAAAGGCGGUGGCGGGAAUUCCAAGUACUGCACAGUAAUCGAAGAAAUCCGAUCGAGCUAACCAGGGCGAAUUAGAGCGGCGAACCCGGGGCAGUGCGGCGCUUUUUCGGUUGUCCCAUCGCCUCACGGAGAGUCAGACUAAACGUGUGGCUGAGCUGCAUUGGCUAGUGUGGUGGAAUGGUUUCCAGAUGUCCCGUCAGGCAGAGCCCCCCCCGCGCCGCAUAAAGCCUGAUGCUGCCUUGUUAGGACCUACGUCGGACGCAUGCGAUCUUAGAUUCCCGAAUCCCCAUUUCCGCGCGCUUGCCAAAGCCACAGCCGCCACGUGCACCGGAUGGCUGUAGGAGAUUCAAAGGACGCAUCGCCGAAGUUUGGAGCCAGCGACAGGGAUGUGUGGUAGUACGGGACGCGCACAGCUAUCUGAAUUAGUUGUCAGCGUAUCUGUAGAGUGCUCGUACCGUCUUCUAUCUCGCCUGUGACUUUCUACCAGGAGCCGUCCCCGGGGAGUGUCAGCUCCUGAGCCCUUGUCAAGCUCUUGGAUUAGUAACGGGGCAUCGCAGCAGUAGUUGGUAUCUAUUUUUGAGGCGCCUCAAAAAUAGGCUCUUGGAUUAGUAACGGGCCAUCGCAGCAGUAGUUGGUAUCCAUCCAGCAACCAUAAAGUUUUGGUCAAUGGGAAGCGGCAUGGCAACCGCCGAAACCGCCAGCGAUCGUCAGUCUCCUCACUUUCUCUCGUCCCUAGUCUCGCCGUUCGCGAUCCGAAAUCAGACGCUAUCGGAGAGCGGAAUAGUAAGCUCACGGAAUAGCCCGAGCCUAGCGCAAAACUCGCUGAGAACCCGCCGCCUUCUUCCCAAGUCGCACUCGACGUCAUCACAGCCCACUUCAUCGCUAGCAUCCGCCGCUGAACCUCUCGUCGUAUCUCAGCCGUCCAGGUGGGCUCAGUCGAUCUCCGCGUUUCACGGCGGCUGCUCGCGUCUCUCUGCGCCGGAGACGUCGCCUGUUCUGCAAAGCUCGCGGGGUAUUGGGAGCUGCGACGGGCAUGGCGGCGGUAGAGGGGAGUCGGCGAUGGAAUCGCAUCCUGAGCAGCUGUCGCCAGGGUUCGUCGCGAGGGAGGCUUCAGCGACCGCUGCGACGGAUGCGCGCGACGCGUGCGACAGUCGCGCAACCCGUCGUCGCUGCACUAGCAGCAGGGGCGCAGUAGUACUAGCGCACGAAUCGCGGCAGCCGCCGCCGCCGCCGCGGCGCCGCCACCACCAUUGCCGAUCCGUUUCGCUCACAGAUGUCAUGAUCGCUGAAGAGCGCGACUCGCGGGAGCGCGAGCGGGAGGGGCUACUAGCAAUGUCAUCGUCCAGCCCUGACGCGCUUCGGGCUUUACGGAAUAGUAAGGGAGGGAAGCUCAAACGCGGUACUACUUUUCCGGAUCUCAAUCCCCAACCCAGCGUUCCCGCCGCCGCCGCUGCCGCCGCCGUCGCCGUCACCGUCGCUGCCACCGCCGCCCCUGAGUUCGGUGCUUCGACCAGUCAAUACAGCGAAGCUGCUGUACGCGAUAGAAGUGAUUUCUUUUCGCCACAGUGUUGCCCCGAGGAUGAUGCGUCGGAUGCAUCGCUUUCUGAAUCGUUCUCCUCCUCCGCUUUCGGAAAAUAUGCAGCACUGAUGAACAGUAGUAACACCCCCGUUAGUAUCACGUUCCGGCGCUUCCCUUCGUAUCGCGGUAGAUCCAGCCUCGAUAAUGGCAGUAUGACGAGCACAACGAGCGUCGCCACCGUUGCCAGCGUCGCAAGCUCGUUUCUCCCUGGUAGUGCGGGCGACGGCUCGCGAUCCUUCUUCUCCCCGUCGCACACUCGUGAGUCCAUUCGCGCGGACCACGAUUUGCGACUGUCGCGAAUGAACAGCGACACGUGCGCGAAAUUCGCAGCUGCGGGCGAAUUUAUCCUGGAGGGUUACGCUAGAGGAACCGCUGCCACAGCGACCCGGAACUUAGAUUCGGAUAUUCGCGAAGUUGCAGAAAUCGCAGUGGCAACAGGGGAAGCGUGGGGGGAAGCGCUGGGGGAAGCGGGGGGGGAGAAUGGGGGGGAAGCACGGGGGGAAGCGAGGGGCGGAGCGACGGGGAGAGCGGCGGGGGGAGCGGCAGGGGGAGGAGCUGCGUGCUUGUUUAGCGAAAACCGCUGGAGCACGCCUGGGGAAGGAAGGGUUGCGGAGCCGCUGGGGGAAAACUCGGGUGCGGCGGCGGCGCGUCUCUCGCGCCAGGCGGAAAGCAUGAAAGCGCGCCGAGCUGCGUACGACUAUUUCUUCCACAAUCCACCCGCCCAGCCCGUUGACUCGUCCCUUGAGCUGCCCGUUGACCCUUCCAAAUCACGCGCCGUCCUGCCUGCGUGGGACUCGUUUAAUCCGCUCUUUUCCGCCGAAUGGCGGCUCCACGCAGGCGACGCCAGCGGCGGCGGCGGCGGCGCAGAUUGCGCCGCGAGAUUUGGGGGGGAGGGUUACAACUGGGACGGUUACCACAAGGAAAGUUACCGCGGGGAGGGUGACGAGUCGUCUGGGUUUGGCGUGUUCUCGUCUCGCAAGGGGAGAGGUAGCCCGUCUUUCUUCUCCCCUCCCCGCCCGUCUUCAGCAGCGGGACUGACUGGCCGUCAGGGCUCUUUCUUCUCCCCUCCCCGUGCGUUUCACAUGACGGGCCGUCAGGGCUGCGUCUUCUCCCCUCCCCGCCCGUCUACAGCAACGGGCCUGACGGGCCGUCAGGACAGCAACAGCAGCAGCUCGGUCGUUUCCCCUCCCUGCGGUGAGAGCAACUCGCAGGGGCAGAGGCAGCAGCCCCAGCAGCAGCAGCAGCAGCAGCAGCAGGGGGAGGGGGAGGGGCAGGGGGAGGGGCAGGACGAGGGGCAAGGGGAGGGGCAGGGGAAGGGGGAGGGGAAAGAGAGGGAAGGGGACACACCAGCUAACGAGUUACAGCAGCCACAGCAGGUUCACCAGCAUUCGGAUUUUCCCCAGAAGCUUAUACCGAACUGCUUGUACUCGUUUGAAGCCCCUCAGCCUGGUCCCACAUUCCCUGAUAUGAUGCCUCCAGAUCAUUGCAUGACUGCUACAUCCGAAGCUGCAUCCGAGGCUGCACCCAAAGCUACAUCCGGACCAGCUACCGAAGCUGCAUACGGAGCUGCUGUCUGUGUGUACGAGCCUGCUCACCGAAUCAGCCCUGAGCCCGAAACCGCAGCUGUUCCCAUGCCCGUUCAGCCUGGAAGCAAGCUUGCUGUUGCUGCCGCUGCUGCUGCUGCUUCUGCUUGUGCUGCUGGUGCUGCUGGUGCUGUUGGUGCUGCUGCUUCUGACUCGCAUCCUCAAGCGAGAGUCCGUGUGCAAUCCUGCAGUGCUGUUGCCAGUUUCCCAGCUCAGUCUUUCUUUUCUGCUGGUGGUGCGGCGUGUGGUACUGCUGUUGCUGCUGCUGGUGCUGCUGCGCCUGCCACUGGUGCUGCUGGUGGUGCUGCUACUCCUGACGGGCGCCCUCAAGGGAGAAUCUGUGUGCAAUCCUGCAGUGCCAUUGCCAGUUUCCCAGCUCAGUCUUUCUUCUCUGCUGGCUCUACACCCAUCAGCGGACUCAUCCCCUUAUCCAGUUCCUGUGCUUCUGACGGGGCUGUUGCUAUGGGGGAUGGCAGCAACACCAGCCACAGCAGCAGCGCACGCAGUGGCAACGGGAGCAGGAGUGGCACUGGCAGUGGCAGCAAUCGAAACAGUAAAAGGCGAGGGACGGGCACUAAGAGCAGCACCCCGAGAGACGUGCUGUUUUAUGGUAUCAGCCCAAGCAGCAGCAGCAACAUCCAUAGUAGCAGCAGCAGCAGGAGGAACAGCAGCAGCAGCAACUGUAGUAGCGGCAGUAAGGAAAACGGCAAGAGUCCGUCACGCCUGCCAGCCGCCACGAGCGGAAGAGCACACGCCUACUGCAGCGGAUGCUCCCCCCGCGAUGUAGUGAAAAGGCUUUGGAAAGGGGGAGCUUGGGGGGAGCAGGAGGUGGGGCAACAUCGGGCGGUUGAGAAAGGAGAGGAGAAACGAGAGAUGGAGAUGAGGGGAAACAUACUAGUAAUAGGAGGCAUGGAAGGUGAGGAGGGAAGGCAGGGGGUCUCAUGGCAUGGGGCAACAGACGCUCAAGAAGCAAUUGCAGGUGGUUUGAGGAAUGGGAAGCCUGGGCAUAGAUCCAAGAAGUGGAUGUGGUUCAAAAAGAAAUGAGCUGAGUGAAUUGAUAUCCUUUUUACAAAAUGUUACUGCCGAGCCGAGGGAAACCAAUAACAUCGGUAUGACAAACAGC